AUGGGCUCCAACACCUCGUUGCUCAAAAACUGCGGCGAGGUCGGCCACUGCCUUGUCGAUAUACAUCCCGUCUCGUCCUCAGCGUCCACCAAGUUCAUCCUUUGCCAACCUGACCAACAACUUGCCGUUUUGGCCUCGUUAUCCUCUAACUCCGAGUAUGUCGUCAAAUUCAAAUCCGAUGAAACGACUGUUACGGGCCCCGAAGAAAUCCAAUGCGUGGCUUCGCACGCCUCCACCACUUGCACUCUUCCCGUUUCUGAUGUUGUCUCUCACGAUCAAUCUUUCAUCUCCUUCACACUCUCAAUUUCGCCGCUGCUCCAAGCGUCCCCCGGUCUCCACACAGUCUGUGUCAGCAUACGAAACAACCUGUUGGCAUCAUUAGCCGUUUGGGUCGAGUCAGACCUCCCAGUACAACGCGGGGUUUCUCCAUCUACAUCGCCAUCACCGUCACCGACUUCCCCUUCCCUGCAAUAUCCGUUCCAAUCUGAUGGACCUCAAUUUCGAACUUUUGUAGCCCAUUGUGAGAACUUACUCCCAGCGCUACGACAGUCCUUCAAAUACACCCAAGAGAAAUCUGUAAAGGUCGCUGACGCCAUCAAUUACGCAUCCAAGGAAUUAGCCGGCCUAAUUUCCUGUGUUCAAGACCUCGAUAAAUUUUCUGCAAGCCUUCCUCACCAGUUUCACAAGGUCAUCUUCGCGCUGGCUACGACUUUAAACUCCGAGCUACAAACCCAGUCUCGUCUAGAAUCCAUACUACAACAUCGCAUCAGUAGUCCAAUCAAUAGUUACAUUUCAGCUAUUGACCUCAAAACACUGUCUGCUCGUCGCAAGCAAUAUCACGACCAGGCAAAGCUGUUCUACUCCUACAUGGGCAAAAACCUCUCGACUGCCGAGUCUGCUAACUUUGCCAAAAAAGUGCAUUUCGAGUUACAAAGAUUCGAUUACUUUGUUAUCUUAACAGAGCUGCUUGAAGGCCCUCAAGCUCGACGGCUUAUCUACGAUUUAUCGCAAGUUCCUCACAAACUGGGUUCCACGAGUUUCGAUUCGGUUAUGAACGAAUCUAAAAUAUAUCAAGCCAAUGCCAGGUUCUCCAAGUCUCAGAUAAAUGCCCAAAGAGACAAAAUAUCUAGUUCCAAAAGUUUCUCGGAUUUUUCUACUCAAGUGUCUACUGAUCACCGUCAGGUACAUAAGGAAGGCAUCCUUUGGACUUACAAAGGUCUUGGUAAGUCCUCAGGUUGGCACAAACAAUGGGUAGUAUUGAAAGGUUCGGUUCUUUCUGAGUUUUCUGACUGGAAAACUCAAGGUAAAAAACUGUCACAUACUCCUUUGAGAUUAACGUUUGCAUGUAUUAGGAGACAGGAUUCCGGUAAUUACAAUGGGUUUGAAAUUAUAACCACAAACGGAAUAACGCGCGCUUUUAGAGCUGAAAGCAAAAGUGAGCUUGAGCAAUGGUUGCAAAACUUGCAAAUUGCUGUCGGUGUGGAAGAAGUACCCGAUCAGUCGGAUAAAACGAAGUCAGUGGCAAUUAAUACAAUAUCGGACCUUGUGUUCAGCACCGAUAAAUCAAAUACUACCUGUUGCGAUUGUGGAGAUUUAAAUCAAGUAGAAUGGAUUAGCAUCAAUUUGUUGUGCGUUGUAUGCAUCAACUGCUCGGCAGUUCAUAGAUCGCUGGGUGCACACGUUUCUAAAAUACGGUCUCUGAGACUCGAUUCCUUCACAUCUAAAGAAAUUGUGGAAUUGAUGAAAUUUGUCUCCAAUAAUAACGUGAACUCAAUUUACGAAGCAGAGCUACCUCAGAAGCACCUCAAACCAAGUUCAUCAGCCGACAUCCGUACCUCGACCAUCACAGAUAAAUACUUAAACAAGAAGUUUGUCUCACCCUUGGAGGAGAAGGAACCGGAAAGCAUUCACAAGAGGCUCAAUCAUAACCUCAUCAAAUCUAUUCAUUUGAAUAGCAUUUACCUUUUACAACAAUGCAUCGCACAAGGCGUAAGCCUCAACAAGGUCCACCUCGAACACGGGGAAACGGUGUUUCAGUAUUCGUUAAAACAUUACGAAGGAACAAAGGCUGAUCCAGUUUUCUUCAUUACAGAAUUCCUAUUGCUUAAUGGGUUACAAGUUGGAAAACUUCCGCGCGAUUCCUCUACCUUAUCCAAGUGUGAAUAUGAUUACUGGAGAUCAAAAGCAGAAACAAACGGAGUUUACAAUCCGGUGAACAGAAGAGCUACAAUUAAAAAUUCGAAAGUAACAAGCAUUGCUAGAAUAGAUACCUCGGUGACAGGCUCAACAACUCCUCGAACAAUUUCAUCGGCCUCCGAUGCUUCCGACAACAAUAAUAAAAGAUGGAGUAUCGGCGGGAGCUUGCCCCUCUCUUCCCCACUAUCCGCUUCUGUUGCACACUCUAAAAAUAGAGGAAUUAAAUUCCCAAAGAUACACGGAGGAAAGAACCAGUAA